UUCAUAUCGCAAGGCACGGGGGAUUCGACGAUCGACGCGUCGACGCGGAAAAAUGACGUCGCAGACGCUUGGAUCACGGACGCGGACAACUUCGGUGUUGACAAUUCGCCCAUCUCCGUACCAUGCACCGACCAUCCGACUACCCCUCCGCCCUUCUCUGGCUUCUGGACGAGACCCAUGUGACCGUCACGGCCGCGACGGCCAUCGCAAUCCUGUGGACGCGCAAUGCGCAUUGCGCGUGGUUUGCUGCCGGCGCCGUCGGGAGUACGGUCAUCACUCGUAUCAUCAAGCGCACGAUCCGGCAGCCGCGUCCCCCACCCCCGCCGCCGAGCACCAAGCCUGCACCUGUGCGCCCAAAGCGGACAUACGGCAUGCCAUCGACUCACUCGACCGCUCUCGGCUUCUACUUUGCGUACAUGUGGCCUUUGCUGCCCCUCGUCAGCUCUGCCGUCUGGGGCGAGCGGGUAGCCGUGGCUGCCAUCACAGCACUCACCCUUUGGAGCCGCGUCGAGCUAGGCUACCACACCGUGCCGCAGGUGGUCGUGGGGACAACCGUCGGCGUCGUCUGCGCCUUUGGUUGGAAGUCGCUGUGGGACGCCUAUCCGAUGGUCGGAGGCCAGUUGCAAAUGUUGAUGGACGCAGUGUUUGACAAGGUCUUCUCGCUCUUCUGAUAGCUGUUACAUGCAAUGAAGUAUACUAC